UCAGUUUUUCGCGGAGAGGAGGACACGGCGCCGGAGGGCUCAUCAUGGCACCACUUGGAUUAAAAGCCAUUGUUGGAGAAAAGAUAAUGAACAAUGUCAUCAAGAAGGCACGAGAAAAAGGAAAAUGGAAGGUUCUGGUGGUGGAUAAGCUGAGUAUGAGGAUGAUUUCAUCCUGCUGUAAGAUGACAGACAUCAUGUCAGAGGGAAUCACCAUUGUAGAAGACAUAACUAAGAAGCGUGAACCUCUGCCCAGCAUGGAGGCUAUCUACCUCAUCACACCAUCUGAUGAGUCUGUUGAGGGUCUGAUUGAUGACUUCAGAGACCCACAGUCUCCGAGGUACCGAGCUGCCCAUGUCUUCUUCACUGACACAAUCCCAGACUCGCUGUUUGGACUGCUGACCAAAUCCCGCGCCUCCAAAGCCAUGAAGGCCUUGACAGAGAUCCACAUAGCCUUUCUGCCCUAUGAAUCUCAGGUCUUCUCUCUGGGUAAAGUGGAUGCCUUUCAGGACUUCUACAGCCCCUUUAAAGCUGAUGUGAAGAACAACAUGUUGGAGCGUUGUGCUGAGCAGAUCGCCACUCUGUGUGCCACACUGAAAGAAUAUCCUGGAGUUCGAUACAGAGGGGAGUACAAAGACUGUGCAGUUCUGGCUCAAAUGGUUCAGGAGAAACUGGAUGGCUACAAGGCUGAUGACCCCACCAUGGGAGAGGGUCCAGACAAGUCACGCACUCAGAUGCUCAUUUUGGAUCGUGGAUUUGACCCCGUGUCUCCUCUCCUGCAUGAGCUCACCCUGCAGGCCAUGGCCUACGACCUGCUGGGCAUCGAGAACGACGUCUACAGCUUUGAGACUAGUGGGAUGGGAGAGACCAGGAUGAAGGAGGUGGUUCUGGACGAGGAUGACGACCUGUGGCUGUCUCUAAGACACAAACACAUCGCUGAGGUGUCAACGGCUGUAACCCGUUCUCUGAAGGAAUUCUCUGCCAGCAAGAAGAUGAACACUGGAGAAAAGACCACCAUGAAGGAACUGUCUCAGAUGUUGAAGAAGAUGCCUCAGUACCAGAAGGAGCUCAGUAAGUAUUCAACCCAUCUCCACCUGGCAGAGGACUGUAUGAACCGCUACCAGGGCACGGUGGACAAACUCUGUCGUGUUGAGCAGGACCUGGCUAUGGGCACAGAUCCAGAGGGUGAGAAGAUCAAGGAUCCCAUGAGGCUGAUUGUGCCUGUCCUGCUGGACGCCAACACCACUGUGUUUGAUAAGAUCCGCAUCAUCCUGCUCUACAUCUUCCUUAAGAAUGGCGUGACUGAGGAGAACCUGUGUAAGCUUCUUCAGCAUGCCAGCAUCCCACCUGAGGACAGUGACAUCAUCUCCAACAUGGCCCACAUGGGUGCUCCCAUUAUCUCAGAGGGCACUGCCAAGAAAGCCAAGAAGCCGGAUCGUAAGGAACGAAUCAGCGAGCAGACCUACCAGCUCUCCAGGUGGACCCCGCUUGUCAAAGACCUCAUUGAGGAUGCAAUUGAGGACAAACUUGACCCUAAGCAGUACCCAUACAUAUCCCAGCGACAGGUGUCUGCAAAAGCCAGCGCUCCAUCAAGCGCUCGCUAUGGUAACUGGCACAAGAACAGGGGCCCCACUGAGAUAAAGACGGGACCCAGAAUCAUCGUCUUCAUCAUCGGAGGGAUGACCUACAGCGAGAUGCGUUGUGUGUAUGAGGUCACACAAGCCAAUGGCAAGUGGGAGGCUCUGAUUGGAUCAACUGAAAUCUUCACUCCUUCUCGCCUUUUAAAAACCCUGAAAGACUUGGAGAAAGAAGAACAGACCAGUUAAGAUGCUCCUGUAGUGACCCCUCCCACUGCCCUCCCCACCCCAGACAAGAUGCAAUAAAGACAUACUUGGUGUUGUAUUUGAUUCAGUUGCUGUGAACUGUUUUAAAUGACCAUUGUUAUGUUUAUGAAUGUUGCUUCAGAUCUGAUCCAGACUUACUGGAAGAAAGCAGAGUUGUGAAUAGACAUAAAAAGGAAAUGCAGACAUGUUGGAUAUAUUGACUGAUAUUAAGCUUGCUGACUAUAAAAAACCAAUAUGGUGACAUAAACAAGCAAACAGAUAGUAGUGGGUCAUGUACUGUAGGUCUGAAACCAUGUUAAGUUGUUAUAAUGGGAUUUAACUGUUUUUCUUUCUCAGUUAGUGGAAAGUUAGAAAGAAGUUUUUUGAUAUAUUUAUAUGAAAUCAUUUGUAUAUGAUGGGCUGUUUUUACCAUGUACAUUUCCUUUUUACCUUGACAUUAAUGGUAAAUUAAAUAACUUAAAGCAACUGGUAUUGGCAAUAAGUCAUCGACCAAAUGAUCAUAAUGACAUUUUACCAUCAGCAACGUUAUCAGCCCAGGGUUCAGUGUAUUUAUAAAUGUGUUGAUGAUUAUAGAUGACUUUAGAGUGAUAUUCAGGUAACAAAAUGGUCUAAUGGUCGUUUAAUGUAGCUGAAGGAAGAUUGUUUGAAUGCCUGGUUUUCCAUGUAGAAUCAAACACUCCACCAUGAACAGAUCACCUGUUUUACAGUCAGGUGUCUAAAUGCCAAUAUAAAGCCGUCUGUUGGGAGGUAGAGCUGUAGCUCAGAUACUUCAGGUAUGGACUUCUUGUUUUCCUCCCCAGGAGUGUUUCUGACAGUGUUUAUUAUCUGUAGUUAUUUAGUUUCCUCUUGGUUCCUGUGUUUCAGCUUAAUGGUUCUUGUUGUAGUGAGUCUCUUUCAUUUUAACCUGCUGUCCAACAACAGCAACUUCAGUGUGAUCAGUGCUUCUAUGUCUAUGUUCAUGAGCAGUUCUCACUGCAACGUGUUCAGAUAAUAAAGUGGCUUCAGUUAA